AGCUAUGCGGGGCUGACACAUGAUGGGUUGUUGCAGUGUGCACUCUCAGAUCCUGAUGGAAUAGAGGUCUGGGUUUUGAAGAAGAAGACAUCGCAGUAUAGUCUUUCCAGCAUUAUACCUCGCACCGAAUGGGUCUUAACAUAUGCUUUGAACCCUGAAGACUUCUUGUUGCCGGUUUCAGACACCAAAAGCGUCAAACUGGGGAGUUUUUCUGUCAGCAACCUCCUCCUCCUGGUUUUCCACAACGUCCUUUUAUGUCAGGUUUCCAUCCUCAAGAUUCACGGAUUGUCUAUCUUCGACUGGAUAUUGUGA